UGUGAGAGAAACAGAAACUGUGCAAAAGGCUGCAGGGAUUCGAUCAGCCUCUCUGCAGAGUCACAGCGAGAAAAUUACAACCCACCAAUUUCAGUUUGCAUGUUGAACAUCGAUUUGAUUGCACCACGUGGUUUUCCACCUCCUGCAUGAUACUCAAAGGUGAUCCGUUUGUCUCGAACGGAGCCUGACACCAUCAGCACAUGCAAAACAGACUCCGCGUCCUCCUCCAUGAUUCUCCGCACGAGGUAUGUCUUUGAAAUCUCGACUUAUUGUGAUCCCCACAUUGUACUUGAACCCCCUAACAUUCUUGUUUGCUAAUUAUACGGUGUAAUGAUAUAAUUACAAAGCUGAAUUCAAACCAGCGAGUGAUGGCAACAAGAUGUGAACACAAAUUGCUUCCCGUGAUCCGCUCAUUCGAAAGGCCUUCUCUAAACCGUGCACAAACACACAGACAGUAAAUUAAAAGUCCAGAGUUCUGAUCCCUUCUCAUUUCGCUCGCUCAGCUCGGUAAUUGGAGGCUAAAUAAAGAUUUGCAGGCUGUGUUACAUUGUUAAGAAAUCGUGUUGACAUUUUCUUGCAGAUCUAAGCUUAAAUGUUCUUUAUCGGAGGGGUAAAACUUCAAAAGAGUGAAGAAAGAGUCGUUCCUCAAGUCCGGAGAAGAUUCAGUAAGUGGCCCUCUCCUGUAAAAACCUCCAUAACUCUCCUCCUCUGUUUAUUUUCUCUCUAAGCCAAGCUGGCAGCUUGCCUGCAGGGUUUGGGGAGAAGUUGUAGGCCGCAAACCACAGCUCAUUCGAAGGCUUUUAAACGGCCCAUAAACGCUGGUGGAGGCACACACAGAGCUGCAGCACAUACUGUACAAUGACAAGUCCUCUACCUCCCCCCCGGCCUCCCCCCCACCGAGCCAAAUACCAACUCCUUUUUCCCGAAAAUGGCUUCAGUGCAAACUAUUACAUUUCUCAAUCUGAUACGCCUUACGCUGCCUUUUUGCGAGCAUUUCCAUGAUAGAGUUUUUCAUGCCGAGGCGGACCUGAGCAGAAAUUACUCUCCUUAUGUGAUGUCUGUGCUGCUGGGAACAUCACAAGGUUCAGACCACCCUCUGAAAUCCUUCCUAACUGAUCCAACAGAGCAGUCAGCACCACGGCGGAUACACAGUCCUGGAUCCUGUGCAGCAGGAGAGUCUCAGAUCAGGCAGAUUAAACCUGUUUGCUGUUUCAUGUCGAGUUUUAUUGUUUCUUAAAGUCAAACUGGAUCUCUGCAGCGAGUUUCAGCCGACCUACAUCUCCGUCCUUCAGAUUUUACCCUCCGUCUCACCUCUGCUCAGGCGGUCUGCUGGUUCACCGCCUCUUUUUCAGCACGGGUCCUGAGGAGCAGCCUGUGCUGUGUUUGGCAGGGCGGGCUUGGACCUCGAUCCUCUUUGUAUGUUUUAUGAUUGAAACCUUCGGUAAAACAUUUCCGUGCUCAUAUUAUAUGAGUUAUGAGCCUCUGUUUCCAACAUGUGAUUAUUUCUGAGACGAUUGGAAAAUGCUCGAGUGAGUUUAAUUUCUGAUGAAGCUCAGAGUUAGAUCUGGUUCAGGCCUGGAACAGAUCUUUCUGGGAGUCUCUGAGCUCCAUCAUGCCGUAGGUUCCUCUGGAUCGCUGCUCAAAAUCAGUCAACUCUUUGAACAGUUUGUAGCUUUGAGCCGUCAUGGUGACUUGAUAGUUUCUUGAGCUUCCUUUGACUGAAGAUCAGACUCUCUGGCCAGGUAGUCAUUCUCUUAAAGUUUACUUUGACUUUAUCGCACAUUGAGUAAAUGUGGCAGAACUUCUUAAAGCUCCUAAAAGAAGUUUUCUCCAAGUUACAAAAGGGACUGAAAUCAACAUGCACAACCAUAAAGCUUCAGUGUUGCACAUUUCUAGUCCAUGGUCUGGUGGGGGUAGCUGCCAUGUUGUGCCUAGUAUAUAGAGUUACCACAUGCUGCAGAGGAAUGAUUCAGUCCAAAGGGGGCGCCAAAGUUUCUCUGAGGAGUUUUUGCUUUCAUUAAAAAAAAAUGCAAUUUCCUUCGUUUCUCACAUGUGGAAUAGUGGCGAAAAGGCCGUUAGCGUCAAUCGCUGCUGAUUGUUUCCAUUCAAGUUACUUUGUCAAUUUCCACCGGCUUCUUUCCGGCCCCCUGCGGUUCAGCAGGCUUCACAGCCGAUCGCCAGGUUUCUAUUUUCUCCAGACGCCGCAGCGUGCUGCAUAAAUUCAGCACAGAUUAACCCGCGCUGGAAAGGAAGUCGGUCACAGACACAAAAUAAAACAUCCGACUUGGUAGAUAAAGAUAAAUAUUGCACUUAGCCAUGGUUAAUUCUUGAUCUCCACAAAAGUGUCUCAUCUACUUGUCUGAACAGAAUAGAUUUCCUCCUCUGGAAGGACACAAUCUACUGCUUAUACUAUCAUGUGUCUGUCUUUAUAGAAACAACUCGUUACGGUGAGAUUUCAGUGAAUUCGUGGGUUUUUGGGAGUCCUUGGGAGAUCUCACAAACACAUCUUGUAGAAAUUGGCGAAGAAAAUUUCAACCAAAAGCCUCCGUCUUUUUUACAUUCCCGUCUUUUUAGCCUUUUUACCCUGAUCACUGAUACACUCACUUCACUCUGACAUUAUACAACAACUCAUGAAUCUAAACCACAAAAUACUCCGUCUCAUACCUGCAUGAAUCUGAUUUCUGUUCCUUAUUUAGUUCAAUCUUCUUGUGUUUGUCUCUCAGGUUGUGUCACAUCCUUGAAAUGAAGCCAGAAAACACAAACAACACGAGGUUUAAUAUUUAUUCUCUAAAAUAAAUGAAGUGCCAAAGCUGAAAGGCCAGGAUUCAAUCGAAGUCAUACGAGCAGUAAGUGGAUUUGAAAGUCCUUAUUUUUCUCUUAACAACCUGGAAAACCUGCAAUUUCGAAAAGAUUAUUAUUUCCAUUUUUACAACUUCCCCCUCAAUUAUGUUUGAGAUUUCAUCAAUUUCUCUCCACUUGAGUCAAAUUAUCUGGUCAACCUUGUGAGGAGUGCUGUCAGAUUUCCAGAGGAGCGUGAUAAGUGGAAGAAAAAUAUGCCAAUCUCAUCCGAUGACAACUAAAGAGAAUGUGCCCUUUCUUAAAACACUGGUUUAUUUACCCAAAUUAGCUUCAGGAAACAGGUUUGAUAGACUGACGGACUAAAAACUCGAGGUGAAACUGUCUUCUUUGGUGUAGACGAAGCUUGACAUCCCGGCGGUGCAGGUUUCAGAGGAAAUCUUUAUGCUUAAUGACAUUGAAACCAACAAUAAAUAUGAAGUUUGAGUUUGUUUUUAUUAUACUUACCUGGUUUGUUAAUGUCAAUAUCUGUGUGCAAAACAAACUAGAAAUAACCUGAAACCUCUGCAGGUCUAACUUCCUGCAAACUUUCAUCUCACUUAUUAACAGCUCGUCUGGAUCUGACCCCGCGUCCAAUCCUGUUUUAUUUUUUAUGUUUUAUUUUCUUAAAGCAGCUGAACAGAGUUUUCAUUUUCUGUUGUGUUCGGCAGCCACUAUGGACUAAAACGGUCGUGUUUUGCCGAAUGAUGACUGCAUUUUCCUCUUGUGCGUACUGUUGUGAAGACACUGGUGUAGUUGUUUUGGAGGCGAAUGAAACCAGACGGGAUGCACCGGUGCUUUGAAUUUUUUCUUUUUGUUUUUUUGGCUUUCUGCAGGAUGUGUAAUGACGAGGUAAUGUAUAUUUUUCCAUUUCUAUGAACUAUAAUAUUCCGCCAGUGAAAUGAUGUGAUGUUGUAUUAUUGUGACUUGUAUUUUUAGGCUACAGUUACGUCCCGUUCGUAACAGUAAACCUACAACAAACUGAGUAGAUAACUCGGCUGUAGAUUAGCAUAUAAAGCUUAAGUUGUCAGGUUUACUUGGUAAUGUUUUAUCUUCAUAUCAAUAAGCUAACAGUGUAUAAAAACAUCACCUGUCUAAGAGGAAUUGGACAAAUUAGGAUCAGACUUGACUCUCUUCAAGCCUCGCAACCUCUCCAUCUUGCGAAGAAAUUACCGAUGUUUAUCCUCGUUUUUGCCCUCGCUCAAUCACAUUCCCCUUUUCGCUUUUUUUGUUCUUCUGUUCUAAUUUGUUUUCUUUUUGUGGACCCUGUCCCAUCAUGUCUUCGCUCUGUUUUCACUGGCUAGCUUAGCAACAACUCACUGCUCCUCUCAUGUCCCUAAGUGCUGUAACUUUGGCCUGUGUGCCGUAAAUUGUUUUGUCAGUGGGCGACCCGACGAACAAAUUUUUGAAAGUAGGAGUUACACUAUUCAGAAAUAUCUUCUCUUCGCUCUGAUGGGCUCAUUUGCUGUUGUAGAUGACACAAAUAUAUCAGGAGAAAAUCUAGUUAAAAGUUCCCGACAGAAACUUUAUUGGAUAAAUUAAGUCCUUUUGAUUUAACUUCAUUUGAAAAUAUCCAAAUAAUGAAAAACCUGAAAUGAUUUUUUUGUUUUUGCACAAAAAACAUAAAACCAAAGACAGACAAAUCGAGCACCAUAGAAGACAUUAAAGAAGUAUUCAGAGAACGCAGCGUGGCGACUUCUGGGGAAGUUCAUGUUCUGAAAUGCAGCGUGCAAAGGUCAGACUGUGGGGGUUUUAUUCAGACCGCGGGGGGUGAAGUGGGUUUUUCUGCGAUUUUUGAGAGCGUGCAGCUCGUGUUGUGGUUCAACCGAAUCUCUAACUGCAUGAUGUGCCCUUAUUUCAUGACCCCCUGCCAUAUAAGAACUGAGGUCAGCGGGCUGUUAUGCGGUAUGGUUGGUAUGCCUGGCACGCCUGGCGUUUGUGGCACGAUGCCUGACACACACACACACACACACACACACACCCUUAGUGCUACAGUUGUGUAUCUGUGUCUGUCUGUCUGUCUGUGUGAGUGUGUAACCGGUUCCAUCCGGAGUGAUCAGGAGAAGCAGAGGUCUUGACUCAGCAGAUCCAACACUUUUACCCGGAGACAAGGACCCACCUGUGCUUGUCCGUUUGGUGAGGACUCUGAUUUCACACGUGGGUUCACACUCUCUCAGCCUGCCCAAACCUGUUCACCCUGCACCUGUCCUCGCUAGGACAUCUCACCCCUCUCCCCCGUUUCCUCCUCUCCAUUCUCACCUCACCAACACCUCCCUUCUGCAGGCCUGGAUCCAUCACCGUCCAGAUAGCGCCAGCUGGAAAUCCCCUCAGUGUAACCGGUUCUGGGCGCUUCCUCUUGAUAUGCUCUGAUUACGGUCAUCCAGCAGCAGCUCCGUCUGCACAAAUCUGUCCUGACACAUUUAAAACAGACAUCGAGGCUGUCGCAGGUGAAUCAUUCAUGUGCUGCCGCUGCGGAAACGAUUCACGUACAUUCAUUAAACAUUCAUAAAAACGAGUAAAUUUAACAUUUACGCUGCAUGCACAAAGAAAUCGUCCUCCUAUCAUAAUCGAUGAGUGAGACGCUGACGCCUUUAGAUUGACUCUUAGCAGCAGGGGAGCUCUGGAUAGAUUUGGUGUUUUUUUAAGGAGCUUUUAAAGGGGCAAACAGACGAAUCCAGCAUGUGGUUCGAGCGAGGCAAUUUGUCUUUUAACUGUUACUAAAUGUAAGGAGAGGAGGACUCCUGCACGCUUGUUUAAAGUCCCACUCCGAUUGUUUUUUUAUUUUACUAUUUAAAGAGUUCUCAGAGGUCUUUAAAAUGUGAUUAUGAAUAAAGGUGGGAGAAAAAAUUGAUAUGGCAUAGUAUCGUGAUAUUUUGUCUGGUGAUAUAUCGUAUCGUCUCCACUGAGGUUGGCAGAGGGACACCACAGAGCAGAAGAAAGUUAGUACAACAAAUAUAUAAAAGGUUUGCAAGAUGUGCUACAUGGAAAUUAAAUACAGCAUAAAUGAGAAAAACAAAAAGAAAAGACAAACACUAAAUAAGCUAAACAGUUGAAAAAAAUAUAUAAAUUGCAAUAAUAUUAUAAUACCUGUGUCAUUUUCGAGAGCUUUUCUUCUGCAAAGCUCCAGCAGCUCAUUAGCAAUUCACCUCUGAGUCGUGGGCGGAGACAGCGCUGCUCUUCACGCUCCUCUUCACACUAGCUUGCAGCCUAACAUUGCCGGAGUAGAUUCAGACACUCAGAGAACUGUUCAGCUCUCAGACACUAGUGUCUUUGAGGACGUGAUGAAAGUUAAUAUCAUAAUUAGCUUUAUUGCGAGCUAAUCCGCUAACGCACACGCUUGUUCCGCGAUCAGCGUCUGUAUUUCUCCGAGUAGAGGGGCUCUGGGGGCGGAGCUUGGAUUUGUGAUGUAGGAAAUCUCACUGUGUCUGAACCUGCAGUUCGGAGAUUCACAGAGAUUAAAAUGCAGAAACACUCAGAAAUGUAAUUUUGCACGUAGUUUUCUCAUGAUAUGUCCUGUAGCAUCAGAAAAUUGACAUAUGAACAUGUAAAAACAGAAAAACAUGAUUUUUCAUCGGUGUAGGUCUUCAAGACUGCAUUAAUUUGAGGUUUUUCGUAAAGGCUGUGGUCAUUUAUUCAGUUCGGAUAGACGACUGCCGUCUAAAACUAUUUGCUAACUUAGUUUCUGCGUAUUUUCAUCCCAGGAUUAUUUUGAUUUUAAAAAUAACUCAACAUUUGUGCACUAAAUCACGAAGAAACGUUUGCUUGAAGAUCUUCAUUUGCAAAAAAAGGAGGGUUUUCCUACACAACAUUUGAGUCUGCGUACGUCAAGCAUGAUUUAGAGGAAAACUUCCUUUCACAGGUAGAAAACUCGAGCAGAACCAGACUCAUGUGAGACAGUCAUCCACCUCCUCUGCACUUAGUUUUAGCAGCAGCAAUUCAGAAGAACCUAAAGCAAGAUGGAGUUCAAGGACUCCAAGAAAAGACUGAAAAUGAGUGAGUAUAAUGGGACACGAUGACUCAGAGUUAAUGGCAGAGACAGGAAGAGGACGGAGAGAGAGAGAGAGAGGAGCUGAAAGAAAACAACUGCAAGUAUAGUACGAUGAUCUGAAACAAACUUUUGACCCUGAUGGACACAAACAGGACAAAAGGAGGCGCUAUUUUUAAGACCGUCACAAAAUCUACCUCUAAACUCAUAUUACAGUGUAUUUGAAGUAAUUGCACGCUCGAAUCAGUGUACUUUAGGUACUUAGUUUGAACCCUGUAGUGUUUAUUCCAUUAACUCAAAGGUUUGAACCCAGAUGACACCGAGGAGCCUCGCAGGGAAAGUCAGAUUUUAAGUCGAGUAUCUGAGGGCUAAAACCAUAAAUGCUGUGUGGCUUGUAGAAGCAGUCAAAGAGAGAGCAGAUAAUCCCGAACAAAUGCAGAAAACGACCCCAAACUCAAGGGUUUAUGUGCAGAAGGAGACAGAUGUUGGCUUCUGAUAUCCUGCUGUUCCUGCUGCUUGGAGAGCUGAGCGUAACAAAACUGAAGUGAAGGGAAACCCAGAGCCAGGAGGAGGUGAAAUUGCUCCUUUUAGGGCCAAGGAGCACAUUUCUGAACUCCUUCAAAAGAAGGCAAAGGCUGCAGAUAAGUCCAUUAUGCUCAGCCGAACCUACAAAUGCUGAAUUUAGAUCCCGUUUGACCUGAAAAGAACAAAGUUUAAAUCAGUCUUUGUGAGAACUUGAGAAAUAAAUGAAUCAUGGAGUUUGACUUUGAGCUGAACAAACAGCUGGCUGAAGGUUGAACCUCUCCAAAGUCACUUCAGAUGGAUUUCUGACUCCGAAUCGAUGAGAUGCUGAUUGUGUGCCAUUGGAUUUUCAUUUAUUGCUGCUCAGAGAACAGUGUUGACAUAAGAACAGAUUCAUAGUUGGAGGAUUUUAAACCUGAAGAAAAUAAUAUUGAGCUGAUGAAACUCUCUGCAAGGUUAGAUCAAUUCAGUGCAGGGUUAGAGUCACAAACACGGCGUUUUGUACAGUGAGGCCGUGCACCGGGAUAGAGGAAUUCAGGUUCAACUUUGGUGUCAAAUUUACGUCUUUGCAAUCCAGUUAGGAAUAAUUAAUACUCAACUAACUAGAUUAAAACAUAUGCAUUGUUUGAAGGGGACAUGAAUAACCUUCUGACGCCUUGUUUCUGAAGACAGCAUGACUCCACUUCAACUCUGCAGGAAAUUGAUGAAAGCAUGAGAAUCAUGUUCAUGUUUGAAGCUAAAACUAGGGAUGCAACAGUAUGAAAAUUCUACCUCAUGGUUAUUGUGAACAUAAUAAUCAUGGUUUUCAAUAUUAUCGCGGCACUUUUAAAAAUUUAUUCAAAGUCAUUGAUUACAACAUUUUUGAUGCUUUUAACUAGCGCUGAACGAUGGUUUGUUUUCAUCAUUUCAUCAUAUGUAGACAGGAUUACUGUCUUUAACUAAGUGUUCCCCUCAACAUUUCUACAAACCCAAAAUAUUCCCAUACUUCGACUUAGUCUUCUUAGAGGGCUGAUGGAUUUCUUUGACUCUGUCGUCUCUUUCUUCCACCAUGAUUUCAUUUCAAAAUUAAUAGAAAAUUUAAAGGCAAAUUGUAGGCGACACGGUUUGCCUGCGCGGAAACAUCAGGAGACCGCUACGGCUAAAUAAGAGCUGCCACACCUUAAAAAUGAGUUUUUAUGUAGCUCUACUUUGGAGUAAACGUAUCAGUAAACAUACAUGCGACUGUCAACAAACACACAGCUGAUUAGUUAGCGAGUUAUUGUCCUUGAUCUCACAGCUGAUUUAAAACCUAUAUCUUAUAUGUUUUAAUUCUAAAAAUGUGUAAAAUAAGUGGCUAAAAAAAGGUCGUUUUCAUUGUUGUUUCAACUAUUAAUAUUCACUGAUAUUUGUAUGUCGCAGCAAAAGGAUCCAUCUUCAUCUGCACCAAAAAAUCUUAAUGUACAAAGUCUGACUCAUUUUUAAAAUUGAAAAAAAGGAGAAAAAAGUCCUUUUAAGAAAAUGACCAUCAGCACAAAUGACUGAGAUUUCAGAUGGGACUGGAUUAAUAUAAUCAGAGGACGUCUGUGUGUCCUGAAACAUGGUCUGUGAUUUGCCCUGAAAUUUUAUCGUUUAAAUAUCAGACAUUUUAGAUUCACGCAGACGUGCUCUGAUUAUAUUAAUCCAGUCCCAUCUGAAAUCUUAGUAAUUUGUGCCGAGUCCUUCGAAGUCCCCAGGUUUGUACUGAUCCUGGACUUCAUGAGUCAUGCAUGUGCAACACUGAGAGAUCAGUUUGAUUCCUCAUAUGAACAUGUUUCUUUUUUAAUUUAGUAACAAAAGACGGACUUUCAAUUGAUUUAGGAGCCAAUAGUAUGAAAUAAAACACGGACAGAGUGAGGACCACUAACCAGAGGGGCAUGAAGAUCAGGGACAGCUGAACCGCCACAUGAUUCUGAGUGUUUCUGUUUGUUAGGGAAGGACAGACACCAAACAUCAGUCAGAAAAUCAAAGAAUUACAGGAGAAACACUAAAUUCACACAUUAAACUUUAAACAUUACUUCCUUGUCUUGUAUAAAAGAUCUAAAGCAUCACUUUCUGGAUCUUUUCGCUUAAACGUUUCGGCCUCCAUUUAAACUGAUGUAUCGGACAAGUUUAGAGAACAACUUGGCUCACGGACUUCACUUUAGACGGAUAAACCUCUUAAUCCUGUCGCUGUUGUAGUCUGUCUUAUAAAAUAUUACUGUCACAACCUUGAAUAAAGUCGGAUAUCUCUUUUCGCCAUGAUCGCGCUCUUAUUUUUCAACUAUAUUGAGGUUACAGCAACUCUCAUAAACUCAUCAUUUUCCUCUCAACUCUUUCUAAUCACUGAGAGAAGAUUAGAGGCCAGUCUCUGCUGCUUCCCUCUCAGGAGAAAGAAAAUUGUCUCAUCCAGUUUUCUGCCUCUCCUGAGUUGUGCUAGCAGAGCUGAUUACUCCGCAGGUCAGAAGUUAAUUGUUUAUGUGACUCGCAUGUCAGCCAGAAAUAUGUCAUCUGCAUCCCUGAGAGAGGAAUAAAAACUUUGACUCUGAGAGGACGACAAAGAGCCCAGACAGUGAGGCGUAAGUGAAAAGAAGCUAAUCGGAGCUCGGCUGCAGAGACCCUCUUUGAAUGAUCCAUGAAACACGGUCUGAAGCACACGGCGCCGAGGGAACAAGACGUGUCCAUCAACAUGUUGCUAGUUAAGCGGAGCACAACCUGAGCACUUCCUCAAAGGUGUUUUUGGGGAUGGGAAUUAUUAAGAGUUCAGCGAUUCUGAUUCCAUUAUCGAUACGAUUCCUUAUCGUUUCUCAUUGAGUGAGAAAUAAAACGAUACAAAUGGAUUUGUUUGCAUUUACUCUUCAAUAUUUUCACCUUUGGACAGAAGAUAUGACUUAUCCAUGCACCAAUAAUGUCAUUUUACUCUUUCCCGCCUCAAUGAAAGGGGCUGCCAAAGGUCUGCGAGAGCUAACCGCUGCAGCCUCUGAGCUAGCAUGACUCUGACGGUCAUCGUCAUCUAAAUGUAAUUUAAGGAGAUGAAGAGUAUUUAUAUCAUGAAAGAGCGUUAACAUGGCGCUAACAUCUACACAACAGACACGACCUGGAGGAGUUAAACGUUAGCUUGAUGAUGCCGAGACGUUAGCGCCGCUCCUGUUUUUGCCUGUAUCUGUCUCACCUUCACUAAGUCGCGUAUCAAACACGUUACACUUCCGCAAAUAAACUGCAUGCUGGGUGGACAAAUGUUUCCGCAUAUUGGAAGUAUUUUCCCUCUUUGACGAAAUUAAAGCUUUGCAAGUGUUGUAAGUAGCCCCGGUAUCAUCUUUUCACGUGAAAUACAGCCGAACUCUGGAGUGCUUUUGCCUCGGGAACCGGUUUUAUGAAUUCUCAUCCCCAGGUGUGUUGCUAUUUACACAGUGGAUUUUAACCCACCAAACACCUCAUCAGUCAGAUCCAAUGAUAUAAUCCCUUUGCACAGCAGCAACAAUCACACUACUAAGCAUGGUUGUAUUCUCUCCUGCAUGCACCUGCAUGACGGGGAGCACAGAGACUUUUGUAUUUCUAUUCUAUAAAAAACAAGCUCUGCUCUCUGUAAGUUCGUACGCCUGUUUCUGCAUGAAGUCAAGAGAGCGUGUAUGAGGUGAAGGAGACUGAGAACGUCUCAGGUGGUGGUUUUUGGCUAAAGUUGGCCUCUUUGUUACCUGAAGUGGAUUUAAAGCAGGCAUGAAAAAAAACGGUUGAUUGGAUUAUUGGAAGAUCUUUAUCCUUCGAUCAUUUUCACAUGAGUUCAUCGGUGGUUGCACAUCAGGUUGCUGAAUUUUUUUUGGUGCGUUGCAGCUGUUUUGACCAGGCUGCAGCGGUUAUGUAUCACACUAAGAAUAUUCCAGCUUUGUUAAAAGUUAGAGGAUAUAAAAAUACAAAACCGAUUUCUACCGGUGUCCUUCUGCCGGAGCUGAAUGUGUCUGUCUCUGCUUGGUUUCCUCCGCUGACCCUGAUCGUCCCCAGAGAUUGGAUCAUCCCACUGUUAGGCUGGCUGAGCCUGAUAACUCCUUUAGCAGAUAACAAGCAGGGACAGACAGGAAACAUGUGAGUGGGAGAGAAACAGACACCACCUUAGUGUGAGCCGGUGGAGGAGGAGGAGCAGGAAAAUACGUGUUUGAUUUGUGCAUGCAUGACUCUGUGUGUGUGUUUGUGUUGUUCGCAUCAAACAAUAGGAGGGAGGUGUUUCUUGGCUCCCUGUUAGCGAAUGAAAAAUGACAUGAGUGGACGCCUUUUGAAGCAGCGGCACCUCUCUCUUUGUGGGAAGAAAGGGGGAGCGGGGUGUAAUAUUGGCCGAGCGAAAAGAAGAUGAGUCAUGUCGACUUUAAUGAAAGCACCCGCGGCAUCUGCGCGGAGUUGUGGUUGGCACCAUCAGCACAUUGUUAUCUCCCUCUGUUCCCUGGCUAAGAGGCAGCGGCGGACCUCCCGGGGCCAACGUGUGGCUCAGUCACACUCAGGGCCAUUAAAGACAGACAGCAGCACCUGGCAAACAGGAGCAACGCUGGGGAGCGGGAAAGAGGCGCCAAAAAGCCUCACAAGAAAGGGAAGAGAGAGCAGCUCAUUAUCACACACAGAGGUUGUAUUACAGGCUCUCGGCUCUCUCGGCUCCCCGGCGGAGUGUAGGUAAGUGUGAGGAAGCUGGAGAAGAUCCCCCUGGCUGAGUGUGUUUUUCUUAAUUAGACCUGGACAUGAGAGGUGUGAGCCUCCUGACCUUUAAGGUCCCGACUAACCCUGCUUUGGAUUUACUAUAAAUGGAAAUAUAAGUGGGAAGGUUCAUCCAGAAUCACCUGGGGAAAAUUUUGAUACCAAACGUGCAGAAAAAAUGGUGGAUAAAAGUCGACAGUGUUGGUUCUGGGUAGUGUUGGGCGGUAUGAACCAAAUAUUAUAUCAUGGUAUGUUUUUUCCUUCUAUAAAUCCAAUAAAUGGCUAAAAAAUAAUCAGACUGUCACAUUUGUUCAUUUUACUUUUACUUUUAAACUCUGAUUUGUUUACAAAUACAAACAAAAUGGCCGCCCAGUCCAGCGAUUGUUAAUCAUAUGACCUACCUUUGGCCAAAGACUCUGCCGCCCUCUUUGGUCUGAGAGGAGCUGCUGCAGUUUUAGUUUUUGGAGCAGCAGGUUCGUCACGCAUCUUUUGUCUCUCAUAGUAGAGUUUGGCGUGUUUCAUCUUGAGGUGGUGGAAGAGGUUGAUGGUGUUUCCUCCUCCACCAACGACAGCCACACGACACUCUUUGAUGGUUUUGUUUUUUGAUCAUUGUCGGAUUUUCUCGAUCCGAAAAAUAUCCAGACAACCGAUAUCGUGACUCCCGCCCUUUUCAGAAUGAGUUCCUCCCCCUCUUCCUCGUGUCGGGUUGGUCGGGCCGCCUUCAUUUUCUCAGUGCUGCCACGAAUCUCCGCAUCCAUCAUGACCACCACCAGUGAAGCUGUUUCUUCUUCAUUGAGACUAUGCCAAGCAGUCUGCUGGACACGCUGGUGAUUAUAGGGAGCGCACCCAAACCUGACCAAUCAAAUGGAGCGAACAAACUCCGCACGACAUGCCGGUGAAACGCACCCAAACAGAUGCACUCCGGCUUUCCUGUUAGCGAGCGCAGACAACGACAUACUCUCUCUCUCCGGUCGAGCAAAAUUUCUACCGGUAGAGACACUUUUUUUACCGUCACAUGGUAUACACCGUCAUACCGCCCAACUCUAGUUCUGGGCUUCAGGAUCUGAUGCAUCACUUCUGCACAACCCGAUAUGAUGCAUGGUCUAUGUCUCCGCAUGCUUUAAUAACAGGAGCAGGAGAUAGGAGUAAUGAAACAAAUUUCAUUUGGGUGUUUUUAUGAGAGACUCCAGUCUGCUGUAUCUUCCUUUAAUUAAUGAACGAACCACAAAACUGCAAAGGCUUCAUAAUUAAACUCGAUCGCUGAUCGUAAUUCUUCCACUCUGUCUACUUCACACAAAGUUAUCACAGAGCUUUAAAGGCUAAUGAGGGUGAACAGGCUCCAUGUUCGAACCUGUAAAAUGAAAUCUCAUCACAGAGACCCGCGAUCCAGCCAGGUGUGAACAGCUGUGAACACCAGGGUGACAACAGCUGAUUACUGCUGAGUUAAUUUUUAUAUUUGUUCUGAAUAAAAGUAAAAUAUAAAAGACGAGGUCAUCCAAAACAAAAUGACUCAUCGAGUUUGAGCAGUAAGGAGCGAAUGCCUCGUCACCAAGGCUUUAAGCAACAUUUUAACAACGGCUAAUGAACCAAUAACUAACAUAUAACUCUAUGGUUGUUUCACGACUGCAAAACUGUGUAAAAAGGAGCACCCUUUAAUCUGUGUUUGACUUCAUAUCAGUAGAAGAGCAGCCAAAACUGAGUUUCUCAAAGAAGCACUAAGAUAAAUUAAGAUAAAUCUGUUUUUUGAGCUGCAAAGUUCUCUAGACCGACAUAAUAACAGGUGGAAAUAAGUUUAAUAGGUUUCCUUUAACUUUAAGCUUAUACUGUAGAGAUUUUUAUCAUAAAUUGCUGCACAAUUAGAGUGAUCAAGUCUCAUUUAGAGCAUCGUAUUCACAUGUGUUCAUGCAUUUUCACUCAUAGAUCUUCAAAUUCUGUUUUUCUGUGUGUCAAAGUUGGAUGAAUAGACUCCAAACAUGUAUCUGAGCACGUGCAUCCUUAUAAUGUUUCAAAAAGUCUCAUUUUUGAUUUAAUUUUACUGCUUCUCUGAUAUUACAAUUGAGUAAAAUCACAUCUUAAAGCAGGUCUUUGUAUUUUGCAGCGUUAGAUAAAAAGGCCACAGGUGUCACUGUGUAAAACAGCACCUCAACUUCCUAUGUGGACUUAUCAGAAAGACCCAAAUUUCCUCUCUUUUUCACCUCAGAGGGAGUGUGUAAUAAAGCAGUGAUAAAUCAAAGGUGCUCUAACAGUGCCCUCUAGUGGACACAGUGAGAAUAGAGGUGCAGAUAUAUAUAUACCUUGACCUGCAGGUACUCUUUAUGUUUGUGUCACCUCACUUUGAAACAUGUUAAGCAGUCAGAUCUCAGCUCUGAUUUGAUCAGAUUUAAUGUGUUUUAUGAUGUUUAGUUGAAAACAGACGUCAUGAUAAAAGUCCAAACAUUAAAUUUUGUCACAUUCAUGAUGAAUGGGAGACAAAGGCAGCCUUACCAGGAGGUUUGAAAGGUUUGAAAGCACUUCUUCAGCUUCAUUUCACACAGAAACAAACAAUACAAAACCUUUCCAAAUGCCAAUCUCAACACAAUGCCCGUCAGUCUAAUGUGCACCUGACCGUAAUUAUGCUAAUUUGAGGUAAUUAGCCAAGAAACCUGCAAGUGCUAAUGAGCUGUUUCAAAAAAAGUGCAGGCUAAUUUAGGAUAAUGAGCCUCAGACUGUUCCCUACUCAACACAGAAAGUAAAUGUCUCCUUUUUUUUAAAGGAUUCCCGCAUAUGCAGUCACAGCCACCCACAGAAUUCAUCUCCAUACAAACGCUCGGGCAAAUUAAACUCAGCGUGUUCGCCUGCCAUCGCUGCUGAGAGUCUGGAGAACCUUUUCCUUUCGCCUUUUCUUUGCUACCUGCCACAAACAUGCCGUGCUGCUGCUAUUUUGGCCCCGGUCACCCCAUUGACCUGACAGACAAGUGUCAGGGCAGAGACACAUGUCAGCUGCAGGUGGAAACUCUCAGCAGGGAGCGAUGCUGAGGAGCUGCAUGGCUCAGUUGGAGGACAGGAUUACACAGCGGUGAGGGGCUGCAGGUAAGGAGGCUUCUCUCUUUUUAUCUUUGCAUCAUUUUUUGUCACUUUAAAGGUUUUAUUUGUGGGUUUUCUGCAGCAGACUGAGGAUUUAAAAGUGUUGAAAAUGUUUCAGGGGAUAUUUUAUGGCAGAAGCAGAAGAAAGUAGCUGAAAAAAUGAACAGGAGGAGGUACGAUUUUUUAAAAAGUGACACCAAAGUUGAGAAUUUUGCUCAUUUUUUAGAUGUAGCCGGUGUCUGAGGAGGUCACCUGAGGUUUCAUGAGGUUGUCUGUGAAAAAGGUGAAUUAUGUUUCUUUCUUUCUUCACAUAGACGAAAAAAGUUCCAGAAAUAAACAAACUUUCUCGUCAGUGAUAUUUUGAAUUUUUAAUCCCAGCAAAUUUGGGCCUAAUCUGUAUCUUUCCCUCGUCUCUCUUCAGAUUAUUUGUUAAUCUGGGCAUCAGUCAGGAGGUUCGAACCCUCUGAAGAUGUACGGCCUGUACCUGGAAGCAGUGAACGACUACAUCAACGAAUCCUACGGAGAGGAUGUGUGGAGACUGAUCGAGAACCGAGCCGAGAUCCCCCACCUCAAGUUUGUCAGACAUCAGAUGUACAAGUGAGCGCUUUUUUAUCCUUAAAUCAUGUGUUUUUUACUUCACGCUGAAGAACAAUAAAACCUUUACCUCUCCAGAUAUAUUCUCUUUAUCAAGUGUUGUUCACUCCAAAACUUAAAAAAUUAAAAGAAGUCUAAGAACUGCUGCCAGUUUCAUUUAGUUAAUUUUCAUCGUUUAGUAGGACAAUGUCUGCGUCUGUGCCAAAGCCUGCGGGUCUGCGGUUUAUCUCCUGGCUAACGUUGAUGUAGAUAAGACAGUGGGAGUGUGUCCUCUCUCAAAGUUGACUCAAAAGUUUUAAUAUUAAAGUGUAAAAACUUGUUUGGUUUGAUUAAUGUUUGACUUAUUUACAAACGCCCGGGGAAUUAAAUUUGCUCCCUCCGCCUGCCAAACACGGAGUAGGAGUUGGCCGGGGCCGAUAAUAAUUUCAAUUUAAGAGUCACUUUCACAGACAUUUUUCUUUUUUUUCUGCUAAUUAAAACAAUUUUUUAAGAAGCAUUUUUCAUUUGAUGAACAGUCUGGGAUUUAAGUUACAAGAGGAAUUACAGAUUUUAUUGUUUGGUGGCUCAGUGUCACAUUUGUUUAAGAAUUUUCUACAAAUCAUUAUUUCUUUGUUAUAUUUUGGCGAAUAUUUGUCAUGGUUUUAUAUCCUGGACUCAAGGCUGCAAAUGAAACUGAAUUUUUGAAAAAGCACACACCAAGAUUUAUAACCUGAUAACAAGACAAACUAAAUAUCCGAAAAACAAUAAAUUCAGAGAUCAGUUUGGUGAAUUUCUGUGUUAGAGCAGUCUCAGUGUAGACUGCUGUGGGGACCUGCAAAAUAAAAUAUUCAAUCAAUCCAGGAUGUUUCAUCGAUAAGGUUGGACAGAUAAUAAAAAUGAAAAAGGACAAAAGGCUUUAAUUUCUAAAUGGACUUAAAGCACCAGUGAGAAGUUUUUGAUUUAAGUUUUUGGAGGUUUCUUCUUUUAAAUCACGUCUUAAAACUAAUUUUUGUUCCUUGGCUUUUAGUUUAGCAUGAGAGUUCUGUGAUCUCUGUCCUUUUAAGUCUUUUAUAUAUUUUUGUUAUGCUUUUGUGUUUUUAUUUUAUUUCAUGUAAAAUGUUUUUAAAAUGCUUUUAUUAAUUUCCUCUUGAUGUUUUCUGCAGUGUUUGUUCUUUUAAUUUUACUUGUAUUAUUAUUAUUAUUUUUUAAAUGUGCUAUAAAGCGGAUCGGAUUGGAUUUACUAAACCUUUAAUUUUGUCAUUAAAAUCAUUAGUCUUUAAAAAGUUUUUGCACAUUUUAAGUCCCGUCUUGUGAUUUAAACAGAGGCGCUAAAAUCCACACCAACAGAAAGUUCCUCACUGAAGCUUUAAACAAACUUAAGAAGCUUUGACCAACAUCAAAUAUUUCUUUACUUCCAACAAGAGUUCUUAUUUCAGGUUUUAUUGUCGUGCCUUUACUGAAUGGCUCUUUAGAACAUUUUCAUCUUGAGACAAACUUGUUUUGUUUUACCCGUUUUUGCUUCGUCGCAGUGAUAACCUGAUCCUGCGGUUGGCGAAGGCAGCAGGAGAGGUUCUGGGAAAGACUCACGAUGAGCUGAUGUACGCUUUCGGGGUCUAUAUGGUGAAGAGGAUCGGAAACUACGGAUAUGAACGCAUCCUCAAGGUCUUUUACUUUUCUUGUACUUUGCUGAUAAAGAGCUGAUUCAUCCAGACCAAACAGGAAUAGAGAGGAACAUGAAUAACAGGAAACAACAGGAUCUUUGAACUUUGGCCUUUUAAAGAGAGUGAAAAGCAAUAAAAACUCAACAUGAAUAAAUUAUUUCCUGUUCCUGUUUACUUACGUACUCUGUCUUCUUUAGGUGCUGGGUCGAAAUGUCCGUGACUUCAUCAAUGAGCUGGACAACCUGCACGAGUAUUUCCGCUUCUCCUUCCCCAAAGUGCAGCCGCCCAGCUUCUGCGUGGAGGAGGAGUGCGAGACCAGCCUCACGCUGCACUACCGCAGCACCCGCAAAGGCUUCACCCAGUUUGUCAAAGGUAAAGAGAGGACACAGAGGAAGAAGAGGGUGUUCGUUUCAGUCACAGUUUACAUCCUUACCAAGUCUUUACGUGGCUUUCUUCCCAGUGCAUGCUGGGUAAGCUCCUGAGCCAUGAGAACAGGCUUAAAGUUGGUUUUUGUAUUUGCAUUUGAUCGUCUGUGAAGCUUUUUUUUUGUUUUGUUUUGGGAGUUUGAAAACAAGUUCUACAGUUUGAAACUUUAUUUGCAGCUUCUCAGUUUAAUAUUCUGACAUCCAGACCAGAGCUGUUAUGUUCUAGUCGACUUAUUGGUCGACACGUGCUAAAUCGACCAAUCCUGAUUGGUCGACUCGUUUUUUUUCCAUGUCAAUUUACGGUCUUUGGUAAAUUUCAUCAGGAGGAACAUACCAAAUGCUAAUGGGGGUGUUUUCAGAGCGCCCCGUUUCACAGGUAACAGCCUGUCUCUGAACACCCCCCUUAUUUCACCAUUUUGGAUUCGCCCAACCCACUGGAGACAGGAAGAUUGAAGAGUGUCCACGUUAAUCAACGUUUGCUGAAUAUAAUGUUUGUGUUUAAUUUUGUUUUUGUGCUGAUCUCGGUAUAUUUUCACCCCGACAGACCGCACUCCGCCAAGCUGCGUCGUCCCCUUCCGCAGAAGGGUUUGCCGUCUGAGUCGGAACACCCCCACCCACCCCCAAUUAGUGAAUUUUUGGUCGACAUUUCCGUGUUUUAGUCGACCCAGAAUUUCUUUGGUUGAUGACAGCCCUAAUAAUAAAACAUUCAGACCAAGUCCUUUAUUUUUGUAGAAUAACAUCACUGGAUUAGUUUUCUGCAGUCAAGAGUGCAUUUAUCGGUCAGGUUACGAUAAGAGUGCCCCCUGCUGGAGCUACUCCGGGCGAUCUGAUUGGCUGGUGUAUCAUGAGUCUGAGCCACUCACUGCAGUAUCUUAGUUAGUUUCUGGAAACUGCAUCUCCACCAGGUCGAGGCCUCGGUGCUCUGAUCACCACUUUUUAGGUGUUUUUGUGACGAUAAAAAGUGAUGAACUCAUAUUGAGUAAAAUAUAUGACCUAUUUGUGCAGAACUGAAGCUGUUACACCACCGAGCAAGCUCCUUCUACCCUGACAAAGUCACUGAUUCAAAAUAAAACCCCCUCUUCGCUUUAAAAUUGAGUUUACACAAUCCCAUCUUCACCUAAAUCCCGAAUAAUGAGCCGAAGUCGACCUCCGAGCAUCCAUAACCGGCUGGUGUGUCGUUGACUCCUGCAGGUCAGCUCUCUCAAGUGGGACGGCAAUUCUACAACACAGACAUCGAAGUGGAGAUCCUGUCCAAAGAAGAAACCGAGAAAAUGACUUAUGUGGUACGUACUCAGAGCGGAGUCAAGUGUCAUCAGUCUGACCCUGUUUCUGCUCUAUUAGCAUCAAAAUCACCUUCUUAUGAAACAGAAAGUGUGUAUCUGAUACAGGCAGGUAUACAGGGAGAAGAUUGUAGGUCAGUCUGUUAAAAAAGCAGAAUAAACCUGAAGUGUGCAGCUUUUCUCAUCUGUGUUCAGACUGUCUUUUCAUCUCCUCGCUCGUCCAGGUUUACAAGAUGAACUUCGACAAUGCAGCUUUCAAACACCGCAUGCCCCAGCAGAAGACGGCGCCGAGCUACGAGAAGCUGCCGAUGAAGCGGGGGAUCUUUUUCGACAUGUUCCCCUUCAGCGUCAUCUUCCGCCGGGACAUGACCAUGUACCGGAUCGGGGACGGCCUCAAAGAGGUUUUCUCAGACCUCCAGGGCAAGAAGGUCAACGAGGAGUUCACUCUGGUGCGACCCAUGCUGGAGUUCAGCUGGGAUAACGUGAGUCUGAGAUCUUCUGGAUGACCUGUAGUCCCAAAUGUCCUAGACCUCGCUUCAAAAACACCGAAAUACUCCUUUAAAUCCCGAAUUCUGACAUUGAAAGUCACCAUAAGUUUUCCUGCCUCUCACUUUAGAUCUACACCCAUCUGAACAACGUCUUUGAGCUGCUGUCCAAAGCGGUGGUGGAGAGCAAGCAGAAGGUCAACAUCCCCAAACUGAGCAAAGAGGAGCCGGACGAGAAGGAGGAGAGCGAGAAAGCAAAGAGAGAAGAAGAAACAGGUUCCAGUCGGUCCUCCUCCUCCUCCUCCUCCUCCGAUCAUUAUUUUAUCAGUAGAAAUACAUUAUGGAUUAAAAGAGGUUCAUUUCAAAUGGACGGGAUCAUGAAAGUGUCCAUCAAGUCAUCCUUCAUCGUAGGCCAAGGUUACUGUAUCUGGACCAAACCAAAUCAAAUAUUGAUGGUAUAUUCAGGUGGACAUGAAUAUCAAACAUGUUGAAGAGACGAGUCCCUAUUCCUCAUUUUAGAGCAAAUAUAAAUGUGCAGCUUCCUCAGAGAACAUCCAUCUUUAACUAGAAGAAACCUGUUUGGUUCUCUAACUCCAACGAGCGAAUAAAGCCAUCGCUCUGUUGCAUAUUGGGAGUAAUGUCAAUAUUUGAGAGGAAAUGGAAAAACUAGAUUCUGAUGUAAGAAUCUGCCUAAAAAAUUCACAUCCGAGACAUAAUCCAGAACCAUCAGGACUGUGACUGGAAUUUAUCAUGAUCUCUUCACAUAUUUAUGCCUCUGUUAACCCCGACCUGGUCUCUCUAUCUUCUCUGUUUCUGUCAGACCAAAAGACGGUGGAGGAGAUGAAGAGCACGGAUCAGGAGUACAGCAGCGCCCUCACUCAGUACAACAGCUCCGCCAACUCUGGAGGCGAGGACAUCGAGCUGCUGGCGUUCCAGACCGUCACUGGUCAGAAAAUUUCACACCUGAAUGUUUACUAGUCGUGUUGGUUACUGUAUGUUUCUUUAUAACGGCAGCUAACUUAACGAUAGCUAAUGUAUGCAAGAGUUACCAAAGAGCUUCCCACUGAACAAUAGAUGACUAUUAGACAUCUAGUUUUUUGUUAGACCGAAUUUCAACCGUCUAGAUUCUGUAUUUAGACGUUGCACUUUAACCCAUUAUUCGAUAACUUUCAUUUUUAGACCCGUGUUAGCCUGAUUUUAGACCAGUCGUCUAGAUUACAUUUACACGUCUAUUAGACCUCUUUUAGUCCGAAGAAUGCUCAGUUGGUUGCCUCAGACAUUUUCUGUAAAGGUUUCACUCUCUGAUGGCACAGCUGUGUAAAAAGUAACACCCACACGCGGUGUCAAACGAAUUAUCCCAAGUAGAGGUAAAAAGCACUUAAACGAUGGUUUUAUGAAGGACUUUUUAAACUGCUCUGUCAGUGUCCCUGACAGGGUCCUAACAGGUCCUCUUUAGUCUUCACUGAUCCAGCUGAUCUGUCCGUUGUGUUUUCGUCCUUCUCAGGGAAAUGUAGUGAAACCAUCUUUGAAGACAUGCGAGAGCCUCCGAAGAAACCUCUGCACCUGAAGGGCCAAAUGAAAUACGUCCCCCAGUGGGACUCGCUCAUCUUCCUGGGAACGCCGAUGUAAGAUCAGGACCUAGAAUUAAAUCUGGUGUUUAAAUGAACUCUGUACCUUUUUUGAUCAUCCAUAAAGUAAGAUGCAUGGACUGGUGUCAUUAUACUCAUCUAAUGUGCAGAGACAGGUGUUUUUCUUUCUUCUGCCUCGAUCUCGUACCGUGAAGUCUCAGUGAUGUCGAGCCUAAAAACCUCCAUAUUGGUGUUUCAUCAUGUAGUCAUUAGAAGCUGAAUCUGUUUCUUAUUUUCUCUUUUUCGCUCUUGCUGUUAUUUUCUUUUAACGCUAGCUCAACACUUCAUCCAUCUGUUUCACACCCAAACGCUUUCCCUGACUCAGGAAGCAUAUUCUCCUUUCAUCUUCUGCAGGCUGUUCGUGUGAAACAUGUUCAAAUCUUCGGCUUCAUUACCAGCAACUUAAUUCAGAAAAAAACAGCUCUGUGUGUUUAAUAGGAAUUAAACAGUGUGUAGAAACGGUGUUAACAUGAGACAGAGGAGAGCAGGAGUUACUAACUGAGCAGGUAGAGAUUAGUUUAAGACAUCCGAUUGAUCAAAUUAACGCUGUGGAAAGAGUGUGUAUAAUCUUACAAUGCAAAGUGAGCCAUUAGAAAACAGGUAAUUUAACGUUUUUCCUUUUCAUCUGUAUUUUAGACAAAGCUUUUGCACAGACAGGAUGCCUAAAACUAUCCAUAAAUCCAUACCCUGUAGAACACUGUUCAUUUGAGCUAUUUACCUGUGUUUAUCUUUAACUGUAAAUAUUGUAUCGUCUGUAAAAAAAGAGAGAGAGACUGACGUAAAGAAUAAAAGAGGGCCGAGAAUGGAGCUCUGGGGGACGCCAUAUUUCACUUGGCUCUAAGUUUAGAUCACUCUGUUCUUUCUCACGUACAGUAAAAAAAUAUAUUGGUAUCAGCUGAAAUUAAAUUAAAAGAGCCUGUUUUUUAUAUGAAAUAAAAAACAUUAACAUAAGGAAUAAAAGAGGCCCUAAAAUGGAGCUCUGUGGGACGCCAUAUUGUUUUGUUUCCCCUGUUAAUCAUGCCGAUUUUAAACCAGUAACACCAUGAGAUUGAAGUUGCAGUAGAGAGACAGUGAAGGACAUAUUAACACUAUAAUUGCUAAAGAAACACAUGUUUUAUCAGGAAACACCCACUUUAAUCAUUACCAGGCAGCCUCUGGGUCUUCAAAAGUUCUCAACACUGCAGGUUAUUAAUUCAAUAUUGUCCUUUAUUAUAAACUAUAAAUUAAAGAGUCUGAUAUUAAUGCCAAAAACUUUUACAUUUUGACUUAAAUCCCACUGCAGAGUAAAAUAGGCCUCUUUGAUUGCACUAAUAUAUGUGCGUGUGUGUGUGUGUGUGUGUGUGUGUGUGUGUGUGUGUGUGUGUGUGUGUGUGUGUGUGUGUGUGUGUGUGUGUGUGUGUGUUCCCAUCCCAUUAAUUCAAUACCCAAUUGUUUGACUGAAAUUAAGGUUGCUUUCCCCUUAAGUCAUAUCUAAUUUUGGAGAUUAGAUUUAUUUAUGCUAAUUUAUUCUUUCCUGCUCCAGUCUGUUCAUCUGUUCUUCAUCUUAUAAUUGCAGUAUCGAGACAGUGGAGGACAUGAUAAAGAUGGGUGUGUACGUGAACGAUCUGAAUCUGCACGACUCCAGCAGAGAGCUGAUUCUGGCCGGGACACAACAGUCGGCCGAGCUGCAGCUGGCCCUGGAUCAGGUGAAGGAAAACCUCUGAAUCCUCCGUCCCUAAAGGACAGGACAUUCACUGACGAAGCAGAGCUGUGUUUGACCAGGGGACAGAUUCAGAAGGAUCAUAUGAGCUUUUAAAGUUUGCCUUUAUAAGACCUGUAUGAACCAUAGCAGGAGUUAAAUACUCUGAUAUGCUGAGUGCACAAAAUGUAAGCACUGCCAGCUUCAGCCUAACCAGGUGUGCCCAGGUGAAAGCUCUGCCCCCGUAUUGAUUUCACCCAUUAAAUCCACUCUAGUCAUGCAGGAGAGAUGUGGAUUAAGAGGAUUAGGGGAAGCAAAGAGGGAUUUUUGAGCUUUAACAGAGGUGAGACUGUAACUGUAGACUGAUGCGUCCCGUUUCUGAUCCUCCAGGAGCAACAAAAAUAUGCCCAGCUGCAGGAAAUCAUCAAGAAACUGGACGAAGAGAAGAAGAGAGGAGACUCUCUGCUCUACGCCAUGAUCCCUAAAGCUGUGGCCGACCGCCUCAGGAAGGGGAUCACUGCUCUGGAGACGUGUCAGGUACAAAACCACCAAAAAUCAGGGCAACGAGGUGUCAGAAAAGGACAUUUAGUCCAGUGAAGCCAAAGAUUAUUUUCUGCUUGUAUAGUCCUGAUAAUGUAGAGGAUGGGUACAUCUUGCCUGCUUUACUUAUGCUAGCGUGCUUUAAUUGGAGGUCAGGGGGUAUGUCACAUCAAAAAGUUGACUGAGAUUUCCCCUCUAUUGACUCUUUGGGCUCGUAGUAAGAAGGAAAAGACUUAGCCCUGAUGAAAAAAGGUCCUAAUCAAGAAAGGAGGAACACACAUUUUGAGCUAAAAAGUCUGAAUUUUAUAAAGUAGGUCAAAAAUUAUGAUAAAAGGUGUGAGAACUAUAAGAUAAAAGUAACAGCUCUCAGAUAUAAUCAAAGCACUGAGAAACUGAGUCUUAAUUAUAAUAUAAGAAGUCAGAAUUACAAGAUAAAAUGUUAAAAUUACUGAAAAAUAAGUUAAAAAUGCAAAUAAAAUUUAAAUAGUCAGAUAUUGGUUUGAAAAUUGUGAGAUUUCAAAAACUCUUGAGCAUUAUUGUCUUGCAAUAAUGCGAUUAGAUGUCAAAAGUAUGAGUUAAAAAAUGAUUUAAGACACAGGUGAUCAUUUUAAGAUAAAAUGUCUACAGUUUGAAAGGAAAAGUUAUAAUAAUGACAUAAAAAGUGUUUGGUAAAAAAACAUUUUAUGUGGUAGUGGUUUAAAAUAAUGAGAGGUAAGUGAGAUUUUUGAGGUAAAUAUUUAGAUUUUUUUAAAAAUCACUUUUAUAAGUUAAAGUUGAAAUAAUGACAAAGAAUGAUUGUAUAAAGAGUCAUGAAUCAGGGGAUGAAAAGUCAAAAUAAUGAGUUAAAGUUAUGAGAUAAAGAGUAAAAUAAGAAGAAGCAAUAAUCCUGGGAAAAUAUCAAAAACAUCAGAACUUCGUAAUUUUUAGAUAAAAAGUGAAAACAUGAGGUCACAAAAAUAGACAGAAAGUUAUAGAUAAUAAGUGAGUAUAAUGAGUCAUAAUUAUAAUAUGAUAUGAGAUCAGAUACAGUAAGAUAAAAAAAUCAAAAUCUAUCAUAGUAAUGCAUAAGUAAGUCAAAAUAAUGGUAUUUAAAGUAAUAGUUAUGAAAUAUAUAACAAAUAAUAUAAUAUCUUAAAAAAAUUAAUUAGAUAAAAAGUUGAAUUUGCAGAUAAGUUUAAAAUUUGAACAGUCAUAUGAGUUAAAGUGUGAGGUCAAAGGCCAUUUUUUGAUUAAAGUCAUAAUUUUUCAUUUUAAGUAGAUUUUAAGUCAAAACUCUGACAUAAAAGAUCAAAAUGUAUUCGACAGAAUUAUUUAAUUUUAAUGAAUUUUCCUGAUUUCUAACCUGGAUUACACUUUGACAGUUUGAACCUUUAAUUACAACGUUUUCCGCCCUGAACGUGCAGCGAAUACAGAGAACAUUAUCAGACAUCCAAGGUGAUGAAAACAGGAAACUGUGCAAAUCAUGCAAAUCUCUGUAACUGUGGUGAAGAGCAGCCGCUGGAGAGAUAACCAUCAUGUGUAUACAGACCAUCAGCUAACAACUGCUGUUUGUGUUCGUCUUGACGUUUAUUCAAAACUUCAUGUUUCUUUCUCCCACAGGUGUUUCCUGAUGUCACCAUCUUGUUCAGCGACGUGGUCAAGUUCAACGAGAUCUGCAUCCACAUCACACCCAUGCAGGUGGUGGACAUGCUCAAUGAGAUCUACAUCGUCUUUGACACACUCAGUGAGAAGCACAACGUCUACAAGGUCAGUCCGAGGAGUCCGAAUAACUUCAUUCAAACUUUUUAUCUUCUCUGACGGGUUUUGGAUGAAACAGUUUCUAGUAAAAGUCUCCAAAUCGCCACUUUGUCCACCGCUCAGGUGGAGACUAUUCGUGACGCCUACAUGGUGGUGGCCGGCGUGCCCAACAAGACCACCUUCCAUGCCCACCAUAUCUGUGACAUGGCUCUGGACAUGCUGAGCUCCAUUGACCAUCUCAAAGACCCGUCCACAGGAGAUAACAUCCAGAUCAGAGUCGGUGAGAUUUUUACGUCUUUGGAGUCUCAGCAGCUCAAACCCGAUAAGCCUCAAAAGACCGCUGUGAUGUUUUGGGGGUUUAUGAGAUCCUGUAUCAGGGUCCUGAAGUCCUGAUCCUGUUGGUUCAAGAGUGAACUUUUAAUCCUCUUAACCACCCUGACACCUUAAAGAGACGGACAGAUCGUACAAUUCUCAGGUUGAAGAGCUCGAUAGAGAAAGAUCUCCCUUCAACAGAGCACCCAGGUUCAAUAUUCCGGCAGAGGCUUUAAUUCUUUUUCACCACAGGGGGUCACUGUUCCUCCCUGAACCCUACUGAGUGUUAAUACUGGUUUCUAUCUCUAAGACAGGGGCAGAGCCAGAGGUGGCCAAAUCCAAUUUGCUGCCAUGAAAUCUUAACUAUGAUAAGCUAUUCACCUUGUGAAAAAUGCAGCUUGUACUGAAAUCAACUAUUUGUGUUUUAUUUUAACAGACUGCACUUCACUGUGGAGAAUCUUAUUAUUUUAGUACUUUAAAUAGUAAUUUUAGGGAAAUGAUCUUUUAUGGAUCCUUUAAAGAAUAAAGUUCAACAUUUAAAUUUUAAUUAAUAUUCAAUAUUUUUUGUAACCUUCUCUAUUAGAGUUUGGGAUAAUUUGGCUAGUCACCCCUACAAAAGUCAGUGCACAAAUAUUUUAAAUGAUUAAAUAAUGUCUGACUGAUCAUUAACUGCUGCCUGUUUAUCAAUAUGCGUGGCAAUCACUACAAUAUUAAAGACUAUAAUUUAAACCAGUGAUUAAAAACACCUUUAACUGACUUAUGGGUUAAAGGAAGCAGAAAUCAAAGUUACUAACUGCUCUAAAGUCAAGAAAACACUCAGCUAACAGUUCAGCUGAUGGAGAAACAGUGUCAGAAUGACUACCUCCUGCAGAGCUAGCACCACCAACCUUCAGGUCUUAGGGAUCGAUGACCACACACCUUAUUAUUUUAGCAGACUCAGUCUUCUGUUGUUGGUUAGUACAAAAUACUUCAAACUGAACAGCACUGCUAGAUGCUAUCUGUCAUUUACAACCGUAUUGUAGAGAAGUUUGGCGUCAUGGCAGUCGGUAUUAUGUAAUUAUAUCGAGCUACAGACCUGGCUAACGCUAACCCUAACUGUACUAAAGCUUGGUUAGGUUUAAAAUAACAAAAAUAUUCAUGAUUUGUUUCAUUGACUUCUAAUGGUGUGAUCUUAAUGACCAAAGGUGCAAAAUAGUCCCCCUAAAUACUCACCCUGGUCAGCAUAAAACCGCUCACAAAUUAACAUGCAACACUUUUGUUUUCCUCGGCAUGAACUUACUGGCUUAUUUUACGGUUUUGAAGUCUGCAUGUAUUAAAGACCUCUGAGUAAAGCACACCUCUGCUUUUGUUCGAGCGGUCGAGGCUGAAAAGAAACUGCUGAGUCAUUAGUUCUGCCAACAGACCCACUAAUUAUAAUUAAACCCUUAGAAAGCAGGAGUCUGGGUAAAAGAAGCUGAAUGAUGAAGGUAAGCUGAGUACAUCUGGCAUCUUUGAGUCUUUGUCUUUCUUAUUUUGUUCUUCCUCUCUCUCUCCCUCUCUCUCUCUCUCAGGUAUUCACUCAGGUAUGGUGGUGGCCGGUGUGGUGGGACUCAAGAUGCCUCGCUACUGUCUCUUCGGGGAUACCGUGAACACCGCUUCAAGGAUGGAGAGCAAUGGAGUGGUGACUACACAAACACAAUAACAAUCAGCGUCUGAACGCGCCAAAUAAGCCGGGGCGAGAGUCCAAAUUCUGCAGAGAUGUUCUCAUCAUUACGGAGAUUUAUGUAGAUUAGAGUAAACAGUAAUUCUGUUUCUAAUGACGGCGUUGUGCGUGCUUCUUCCCCGUGAAUGCAACAGGAUGAUCACUUCAUUACUUCCCAUUACUCAGAGCAGUAAAUUUUAUUGUUAUGUUUUUUGGGGGAAAUCUGUUCAACGAUGGGAGGAAAAUUAAAAGGGAGGUAGUUUGUAAGAUUAGUUAUCUUAUCAUGCAUUUCAUUUUGGAAUGAAGUCUCAUUUGAGAGGCCGCACUAACCUGUGCGUGUACUCAUUGACCUUCGCUGUUUUUUUGUAACGCCGAGCUUUAGCAGUCGUUUUUUCUGUGUUUGUCUGUCUGAGCAGGGCAUGCAGAUCCACAUCAGUCAGACCACCAAAGACCACCUGGAGCACGAGCCGUAUAUCAUCGAGGAGAGGGGGAAAAUCUUCGUAAAGGUGAGGACUCGAUAAUAACAUUUAGAUUUUUGUUUAAGAUGAAUAAAAAUAUUUACUUAUCUUUAACCAAUUCAUGUUUCUAAUAACAGUAAAUAAACACGUCAGUCACACAGCUGAUGAGGGUAAAAAUGUCCUUUUGCGAAGCGCUGUCUCUGUUCAAGUGCUGAGAUCACAAAAAAAUAGUUGGAGUAAAUAAAAAUAUGACAGGAUUAUAAUUUUCCAUUCAUAAUUUUUUUAAGUACUUUAAAAAAACAGAAAACAUUGAGACACAGUCGUUUUUUUUGGGAGAUUUCCAGAACUGUCUUCACACACAACGACUUCCACUGUGUUCAGCAAUGUGCAGUUUUCAUGCAGACGUGCAGCUCUUUCCAACACCCUCUGUUACCUCUGUUCUGCUAAUUACACAAAGUUAAGCUCAGCCGAUGAUUCUCACUCCUAAAUCCGUGUCACUUGUCUCUAAACUUAAUAACCAAUAAACCAUUUCUAGAAAUUCAGGAUUUUGAUCUAAUGAAGGAGAAAAAAGUUCAAAGUGACGCUUGACUGGUCCACAUGGGAUAUAGAUCCAGCAUGCUUUGCACACUCCAAAGUAGAACAACACUUAUAUUUACUUCUUAUUUACUUGCAGCAGUGUGUUAGCGAAGCGUUUCAUUCAUUCUUGUUGGCAGGUUGGAACUGCUUCCAUCCUCUGCAUGCCUCUGUCUGUUUACAUUUCUGCAUUAAUCUGAUUGGCUGUCGGACUGUAUGAUCACUUCCAGAGGCACUUUUGUACGCAACCACUCCGAUCAUUUUUUUUUACUACUUCAAGUGUUCUCAGCGGUCGUUAAAUUGUGAUUAUAAAGUUUUUAGUCAAAAUCACGUUACCUGUGUCAAUUUAAAGGACUUUUCUUCUGCAGAGCUCCAGUAGCUCAUUAGCAAUUCGCCUCUGAGUCGUGGGCGGAGACAGCGCUGCUCUGCACGCUCCUCUUCAUGCUAGCUUGCAGCCUAACAUUACCGAUGUAGUAGAAGAAGCAGGUAACAUAGGAGCUAUUCAGCUCUCAGGGGACAUGAUGAAAGUUAAAAUCAUAAUUAGCUUUCUUGCGAGCUAAUCUGCUAAUGGACACGCUUGUUCUGCGAUCGUCUUCUCUACUUUUCCGAGUCUGGCCUGGAUAGUGGGGCUCUGGGGGCGGAGCUUGGAUUUAAAUGCAGCGAUUUGAAUGAAGAAAUACUCAGAAAUGCAAUUUCGCACUUAAUUUUCCCAUAAUAUGUCCUGUAGCCUCAGAAAAAUACAGUGAGAAGACAUGUAGACAACAAGCAAAACAUGAUUUUAAUCAGCGUGGGUCUUUAAUGUAAUGAAUAAAAAAACAGCUCCAGACCCAUUCACCAAACUGAAUUGCUCUGACUCCACCAAACUUCUAAUCUGUUAAACACAGUCCACUCUGAAGAUGACAAAAAAGGUUCGAGUGCGUCUGAAACACCAAAUUUGACGGUGAUUAAAAUCUCGUCCUGCAGAGACAGAUUCUGAACUUGCUCGUCUCCCUGAUACGAACACACUCGAAGUCUUCUUUUUCCAUUUCAUCUGAAUUAACACAUUAUCGAUCCAAACACUUCAUCUUCCUGCCGUCUUUCAGGGAAAAGGCUACAUGAAAACAUACUGGCUGAAAGGAAAGAAAGAUCUAUCAUUCAAGACCCCGGCUGAGCUGCGCUACAGCAGCGAGCAGAAAGACUCGGAGGACAAGAGCUCUAAUGGGUGAGUAGACAAAAAGAGAGCAGCAACAAACCAAAGAAUCACUUUCCCUCUGUACUCGGUGUGGACUCUGUGUGCCCCCUGCUGAUUCAGCCAGAGCUGUGCUUAUUGCCCCCCGCAGCAGCAGACAGCAAAGCCUCUUUGAGGGGCUUUUAUUUGUCUGAAAGACUCACACUGACCAUCAAAAUAACAAACUUUUGCUCAGACAGGGAGUGAAGCCCCUGGGUAACCGAAGCAUCACAAAAGUUAGACAAAAAAGCAACAAAGGAAUAAAAAAAGGAAGCAAAGAUCUGGACGUUCAGCCUGGAGACGUGUUUUUCUUUAAAUAAGAUAUUCUUCCUCUGAUCUGUUAGCUUGUUUGGAGUAAAUGAGACCUCAGGACCUAAUACGCAGAUAAAUUGUAUGUUUAGGUUUUUUUGCAGUGUGAGAAAAGCUUCUGGCAGGAAUGAACAUAAUCUUACAUCCGAGGGACGUGUGUAUUUUCUGCAGUGUGAUCACAGAUAAAGGAGAAGAGGAGCUCGGGUUUGGAGUCGGUUCGGUCGCUUUUGUGUUGGAAAUGAGUGAAAGAGAGGCGCAACAUCUCUAUUUUCCUCUACUAAACUCAAAGCAGAUUAUUUAUGUGAUAUUGAAACAGUUUUUAAGGGUAACUGAGGCCAGAUAAACUAAGAAAAAACCCUGAGCUUCAUGGUUUAGGCCUCAGAGCGUCUGUGUAAGGGGUUCAUAACGUUUGAGUUCAAGUUCAGAGGAUGAGGGCGGCAAAAAAGUGCAAAACAAGUUUCACUUUCGGGUGUCAGUGGUAUUUACACUUCCCUUUUUGUUUACUCGAACCUAACAGGCUCGUUUUCAUGCUGAUGCUCUGGAUUGCUUUUAAAGGUUAUUUAAAGGUCUAAAUAUCAAAGUCAAAGUGUUUUACGUCUGUGAAAAGGUCUUUCUAACCCCUCAUAAACUCCACCAAUAGUUCCGCAAGCCCCAACACCAAGCGCAUGUCCUCCAACCUCCACAUCGCCGGCAACGACGAGCAAGCUGAAGGGAAACCGAGCCCGAGCGACCUCCCCCUGGACACCCUGCCGCCACCAGAGGCCGCCAACGAGCCCCCUUCCAUUUUAGCCGAGCCUCAGGAGAAGGAGAAGGCCAAAAAGACUAAGAACAACAAGGGGGCCAGGCUGGAAGUGCCCCAGGGGAACUUACUGUCAGAGUCCCCCAACCCUGACGACGGCCUGGAGAACCCGGGUCCUUUCCUCAGCAGUAAGAGGAACAGCUUCAGGCAGCAGUACGUCAAGCUGCCCACCAACCUGCCCAUGCGCAGCGCCGCCUGCGCCAUUCUGUGAGCAGAUGGUUGUAGUGAAAAUAUCAUUACAGUUGAAUUAAAGGGAAAACAGUUCAAUACUCUGUAGAGUUCAUCAAGAGUUUGGCUUUUCUAAAAUCUUUGACCACAAUCAAAUUUCAAUUCCUCUUCUGUUUCGGUAAAUUUUGCACGACUCUCGAGUCUUUGGUGCUCCAGAAGUUUUCUUUACGGUUCAUAAAAAGAGGGAAAACCAGCAGGUCAUCCCUUUGUUUCUCAUUUUUCACUCACUCACUCAUCCUUCAGAAGUACCUUCCUUGUUAGAUCAACUUCAAGUCGACAGGUUUCACAACAUGCCUUCCUCGUGUCAACUGUUUCAACAAAAAAAAAAGGAAGUGCGAUAUCCCCCUUUGCACGUAGACAGAAACAUCGACAGAGGAACUGAGAACUUCUAAGUUAUACUGCAGGUGAUGAGAAGAGAAGAAGAAGAAGAAGAAGUCUGUUUCUUAUUUCUGUCACUGUUUGCUGUUUUAUUUCACAGCUCUACAGACGUUCAUGAUUUUACUGCUGCAGGAACUCAAAUUAACACUUUCAACCAACGACACGAUGUUCUAACUGAGGUUACAGCAUCCAGAAAUAAAAGUGUACCUGCGGAUGUUUAAUUUAACUUAAUUAAUCUGAGUUUGUUUUUUAUUUUGUUUAAAUUAGGAGUAAUUUUAGAGGCAUUUGGAUAGACCUUCAUAAUUACGGUUUCACAGAGUUCUGUUUCUACUUUCUGAAUGUGACUGACUGCAUUUGAUUCACUGUAAGAUAGUGUUUAUUUAUAUAAAAGUGUAUGUACAGACACUAACGCUGUCAUGUUUUCAUUUCUUCUGGAGUUGACGGUUCUGAAUCUUCCUCCUUUCAGCCCGUGGCUGGGGCAGACAGCCAUCUUGAUUGCCUGAUAUAGAAAAAUAUUAAUUUCAUGGGGCGGUAGUUUCCUAAUAAUUCCCCAGGAAGACGUCAUUUUAUACUAAUUAUGAGAAACUUCUGAAUAUCCUUGAAAGAAUCGCUACACUGAUCCUGAAGUUCGUCCAGCAAUGAAACUAGUUUUACCUUAAAAAAAACACACCUCUGUUCGGACUUCCUGCGACAGUGUUUGAAAAAUGAGCAACUUUCAGAGGUGAAAGUGACCGUAGUUUACAACGGCUUUAACACCUUUUUUUGUCACAUGAGAAAUGAGCUACAUCCUGUCCCCAGUGUGACCAUUACUCUAUUUUAAUGCAGACGGAUUUUCCACUGUGUUUAGAUAUGUUGCUUAAAGACACAGCUGACGAAUAUUCUCAGAGCGCUGCUUUAAACAGUCUCCCUCGUGCUCUUUGAGGAAACAGUGGUGCACUAAUAAGUAAAAAAAACAUGUAGUUCGCAGGUUUGAUUCAAUAGACGCUUCGGAGGGUCGGCUCGUACCUCACAGCUCUCAGCGGUUUAGUUUCUGUACAGGUAGGGUGACCAUACGUCCUCUUUUACCCGGACAUGCCCUCUUUUCCAGGGGCUGUCCGGCCUGUUCAGUGUUCAGGGGGAGUUUAUAAAAUCCUUUAAAUGUCGGCGGUUUUGUGUGAAAGUUUUGAGUUUGUGUCACGUGGACUAGCUGAGUUAGAAGUACAUGAAAAACACCCAACCUGACCCGAAAAACUCAAGAUUGUGUGCGUGACUCCACCCUGGGUAGUACUGUCCUGUUUUUGAGGAUUCAGAAUAUGGUCAUCCUCGUACAGGUAGCUUGCCCAACAGCUGUAACAGAUGGAACUAAAGGAGCUGCAGGUCUGGAUGUCUUCAUACAGAGGUCCAAAUGAUCAAGCCGUGUGAUUUUCAGACCCAGAAAAAGAGGUCUUUGAACAUUUGGUGGACGCCCAAGGCCUCACAGAUGGACGGAGGCCUUUGUCUUAGAAACCCCCAAACCUGGAGGGACCGAACUGUCUGAGUAUGUAUCAGGACCCCAGAAGUCCGAGGUCUUCUAUCCCAGAGAAAAACUAUCAUUUACGGUUUAUUAGCUGCAUUUUUCUGCAAAGAUUACACUGCAGCCGAUCAAGCCUGUUUUGCAGAUGCAGGCUGGAGAAAUGUACUCAAAAGUUUAUCAAACUUUUUCAUCAUCUAAAAAACCAAAACAUGUAAAAGAAAAAGAUCAAGUUAGGUUAGCUUACUUAGUUUUCAAAGGCAAUAAGACAUGCUUAGUAAGAGCGGUAAUUUCUGCGUCUGUGGAGAUUUAGCCGAGACAGCAGCCAAACACAAAGUUGCAGACACCGACACACAGGGAACCACAGAACAGGCGUUAAAAUUAACAAUGAAAAGAGAAACUAUCUCUGAGUCAGUUGCGCAACCAGGUAAUCUAAAAGCCACAUUCUGGAGAAUCUUCCUCAGACUCUCAAUGACUUCUUCUCUUUCAGGUUGGUCUGUGCAGAAAACACCAAAUUUUAGUUUGAACUUUUAGGACAGAAGCAUAAAAAGUUGAACACUUUUCCAGCUCUUUUCUGAGACGGUGUGUUAGCAAACCUUUUAAAUAUAGGUGUGCAGACGUAUUUGUCUUCAGAUUGCCAGGAAUGGCCGACCAACCCAGUAAUAUGACUCACACAGGUGAGUAAGAGCACCGCAGGAGCAUUUAGUGAUCCAGCCGUUGAGUCGGUAAACAACUAAGUUCAGUUUUUUCAGUUACAGCAGAAGAUUCUGAACAAAGUAUGAAACGGUGUCAUCAGCAUAAAGAUCGAUUAUCACAUGAACACGAAACAAAAGAGGGUCUAGUUCAAUGAGUAAUUUACAUUUGCAUGACUGUGAUUUGUUGAUUUAUUUGAAGACUUCUGGGACAAAGACAUGUCUAGACUUCUCGGUCGUGCAAUUAAAUUAGCGUUUCAUGUUUAAAACCAUAUUUUAAGAUCAAGUGAACGAACUUCUGCAAAUAUCUGGCGUACAGAAACCUGUGGUUGGGCCGUGACUCUCAGUCUUCUGGACCAUUUUAAAAUCUGAUGCAGUUUCUGUAGAGACAAAUGGAGUCCUAUUUAAAAAAAAUAACAUUUUCUAUGAACAAAUUGAGGACUUGGAACAGGAGAGAGUUACUCUUUGGCUCCCUUCGGUCCUCUAUGUCUAAAAAACAAAUGACAUAAGAGGGUUUUAUAUUAGAUCAUGCCAUGAGGAGAAAGUGAAUCCCUGUUGGCUGCAGACUGAUCAGAUUAAACCUGCAGCCCCUCCUGGUCCAGCAUCUGUUCACCUCGAUCUGCGUUCAACAUCUAUCAUAGAUCUCUAUAAAGGGAGAGGCAGCAGCAGCACUGAAGGUACCUACAGCUCCCCAAAUCCUCCGUUCACUUUAGACUCGGAGUCUUCAGGUGCAGUUUUCUGACCUCAGCGGUUAUGAGGUCAGUUAUUCCUGUCUUAGUCAUCAGCUGAUAACACACUGCUAUUAUGGGAGUGUGUGUGAGUGUGUGUGAGUGUGUGAGGUUGGAGGCUGAAGGUCUGAUGAUCUUAUAAUGACCGAUAAACAGUAUAAUCUAUUAUCUCAUGACCAAAAAGAGGCGUUUGUGUGAGCUGUGUACAUACGGAGGUGAGACAGGUAGGAUCGUUUCAGGACGAGUGCUCUCCUCCUCACAAACUACACUCGCUAACGCACACACACACACACACUCGCACAGAUAUUCAGCUGAGAGCUCCCUGCUGAUGUUUCCCUGUGAGAUGUCAUUGCAUGAUAAAGAGGAAGCCAUCAGGAAACCGCUUAAGCACUACUUCCUGUCUGUUGCCACAGUAACAGACCUCAUUCUGCAGUUGCAUAGUUUACCGUGACUUUGCUGGAGUUAAUUUCUUGCAGAAGGGCCAGAGUAGGUGGCACAACAAAGAGGCAGGUGUGUUCGGGUGUAAAGUGCACACUGGUGGGCCGGUAUCCUGUCCAGGCACUCCUCUCAGUCCAGCUGGUUCCCAACGCCACCUUUAACCUCAACAUCUGACAGCAAU